AAUUUAAUGAAAAGUAUGAUAAGUUAAGUAAAUAAAGUUGUUUAAAUUAGUGCCAAUAAAAUCACGCCGUCGAAAAUGACCGAUUCGGACGACAGCGCCGGUUCGCGAUUCAGUGAGCUAUACAAAAACCGUACCCGAACGGAACAACGCCAAUCGGACCGUCGUCGAGAGCUGCUGGAGGAGCAGAAGCGUAACCGCGAAACCGAAAUCGACAGCGCCCGGGCUGGAUUGCUAGAGCUGAUCGAAGCCGCUGAUCCGGAGGAGGAAAGUACAACACAGUACAGACCCCGGUUUUGGUUCAGUAAACUUUACCGCAACAAAGUGCAGCUUUCCGAAUGGAUGUACGAACGGCCCGAAGAUCUGAGCAGCUGGAUUCUGGUGCCGUGCCCGGUAGGACGACGGUGCCUGCUAGUGAUACGCCGAGGAAUUGCUGUUGCCUACGAUAAAAAUGGACGUUCAAUAACAAAAUUCACCACUCGGUUGGGGAAAAAGCAAAGGGUCACAGUUCUGGACUGCUUCCUCGCUAAGAAUCACACUUUUUACGCUGUUGACUUGUUGGUUUACAACGAGAUGGAUUUGGUGCAGUGCGAUUGUCAGUUGCGAUUCCUUUGGUUGCGAUCUAAAGCUGAGGAGGAUUUACUGCAAGAAAAAAUUCGAUCUCCGAAGGAGUCCAGUUGGCGAUUAGAAAUCGCUCCAAUGUUUGACUGUGCGGAGCACAGCCAGGUGACAGAUUGUCUCUCCCGGCACCCGAUGUUUCCGGGUGAAAACGUCAAGCUGGACGGCCUUCUAUUCUAUCAUAAAGAAUCGAACUACAUCUACGGUAAAACACCUCUGGUAACGUGGCUGUAUCCUUUCAUGGUACCGGAUCUACUCGGGGAAAGCUGGCGGUCUGCGAUAAAUCACUACUACCUACAGCGUACCCCGAGCAACUAUGUUUCUUUGGGUUACCGUGGCUACAUGGACCAAUUUGAUGCGAAGCUGGCAAAGAAGCUAUCCCGACGGAGCGGUUCACUAGGAAUGGCAAUGGAGGAUGAAAUUGCUAAUGAAGAAAACUCGAAUAAUUUUGCUAUCAACGAACAAAUGGACGCAGUGGACGAAAGCUACGAAGAUGAAGAUUGGCAGCGUAAAGAACUGGACGAGAUACGAAGACUCGAGAUGGAAGGGUAAAUAGAUCAUUGACGUGCGGUGAGCUGUGAUUAUUUUCGUUUUUGAUAUUUUAAAUUUAUUGACUCUAACUUCCUUACUUCACCGCAUUAGUUAUGAAAUAUACGAAGAAAAGAACAUU